CUCAAGCUAUUACUGGUCUGGUCUGGAUUUACAGGACCUUCAAUGUCACAUGUGUUUUGUGUAAAGAAGCUACAUUUCUGAUAGUAAAGUUGUUUCUAAUCGUAUAAAACAUGUUUAAAUUAAAUUGUUUAUUAGUUAGUUCUGUGAGUAACGUGUGCAGACAGCUGACUGCAUCACUAAAUGCAAGUGGGAGCUCUCUGUGUGGAAGCAUUGGGUUACAGAGAACACUGUGUACCAGUGCUGUCAGACUUCAGGAGCCUGCAGCAGCAUCCACCACAGAGCCUGGGAAAACCUCCAGAGACUUCAGUCAUUUCCCUCCACUGCCUGGCCAGGAGAGUUCACUGAGAUGGGCUGGAAAGAAGUUUGAGGAGUUACCAAUCGCUCACAUUAAAGCCACGUACAACAACACACACAUCCAGCUGACGGAGAGCACGGGAGAGUCGCUGGUCAGGACGUCCUGCGGAACGGAAGGCUUCAAGAAUAUCAAGAAGUCGACGCCCAUCGCUGCUCAGACUGCAGGCAUCUCUGCUGCUGUGAAAGCCACGGCGAAGGGAGUGACGUUUGUCCGUGUUAUGGUCAAAGGUAUCGGCCCUGGACGUCAAUCUGCGAUCAAAGGCUUGACGAUGGGAGGCCUGGAGGUGGUAUCGAUCACCGACAACACCCCCGUGCCGCACAACGGAUGCCGCCCACGCAAAGCCAGAAGGACGUGAUCUCCGAACCAGAAUGCGCUGCAAACGAGAGGAAGCGGGUUGUGUUGUAAUAUGCUAAUAAUAAAGUGUUUUUCUUGUAUAACUUUCCCCGG